CUCCAACCUUCUCCUCCUCUCUUCUUACUUCUCUAAUGCCUGACUCUUUCCCUAUAUAUUCACCAUCUCAUAACCCUUCUUCAUCAGUUGAGUUCAUAUAGAAACUUCAAAGGCUUUCACCAAGCAAGCAACGCUUUAGUUUCCAACUCUAGCUAUGGCUUCAACAUUGUCUUGCUCAUCUUCUCCCUUACUCUUCAACAAGGCCAGGUCAGGUCGCAUUAAAGCUAUUGUGCCAUGUGCUGUAUCCUUUCCAUCUUUGAGCUCUUCCAGCACCAGGUCUCAUCGGCUCUCUGUUGUGAGAGCUCAGCAAGGUUCAGGUGGAGAUAACAAGGAUACUUCAGUGGAUGUGCAAGUUAAUAAAGGUAACCAAGGGACUGCUGUUGAAAGGAGACCUAAACGAUGGGCUGUUGAUAUCUCUCCUUUUGGUUUGUUAGAUCCAUUGUCUCCGAUGAGGACAAUGCGUCAAAUGCUAGACACCAUGGACAGGCUAUUUGAGGAUUCCAUGACAUACCCUGGUCGAAGCAGGAGUGCUGGCGAGGUUCGUGCACCUUGGGAUAUCAAUGAUGAUGAACAUGAAAUUAAGAUGCGGUUUGACAUGCCAGGACUCUCCAAGGAUGAUGUGAAGGUAUCUGUGGAGGACGACGUGCUCGUAAUCAAAGGAGAGCACAAGAAGGAAGAAAGUGGGGAUGAUUCGUGGAAUAGCAGAAGCUUUAGUUCGUAUGACACCCGUCUUCAACUCCCAGAUAACUGUGAGAAAGACAAGGUCAAAGCAGAGCUCAAGAAUGGAGUUCUGUUCAUCUCCAUUCCAAAGGGAAAAGUAGAGAAAAAGGUCAUUGAUGUAGAAAUUAAGUAAAUACUCUGUUUUUGUGUCCCCUGCUUUUUGUUUUGUAUAUGAGUUCUAUGUAAGUUUGCAGUAAUCAGAAAUAAGAACUACUUUUUUUU